AUGACGUAUUGCCCCGGGGUGUGACGGGAAUUGCAGUUAGAUGAAUUGUGAACUUCCUGCUUCAACGACAGUGACCGAAACGUUUCAGUUGGUAGCUGAGAAGUUCUUCAUCCUCCAAAUAAUCCGCCUGGAAAACAAACAAAUUCAGAGACAGAAUGUCCUUGAUGGAGCACGCAAAUGUCCUGCCUUUGACCGCAGUGGCUUGGUCCUCCAACUUCGGCUCCUGCCCCAAAAAUUUCACCCUGAUCAGCAUCACAGAAGAUGGAGCAGCAGCAAACUUCACACGUGGCUUUGCCAUGAAGUCUGGAUAUUACCUCUGUUUCAGCAAGGACCUGAAAGGUGGUGUGGUGGUUUCAGACAUUCAGAUUAUUUCAGACAAAGACUCCAUUCCUCACGGCUACAGUUAUAUUACAGAGUACCUCGAUCCAAAGACGACUGUGUCAAAGAAGAAGCGGGUGAUCGUUCGCACAUUCCCAGUGGCCAGCGUAGAAACGGCUGUGUUGGACAUCAAACUGACAGCAAAAAGCAAAAUGUUGCUGCAGCACUACACUUAUGUGGGCGACAUCAAUGGAUAUGUGCUGUGGUGCAGAAAGGGACCUUUUUCCUCCCCCGUUCCCAAAGCUAAACCUCGCAGUGUCAGCCUGGAACUCCACGGCCUCUCCCUGGAUGAACCAUCUGCUCCUCCUCGUCUUCCUCUCCAGCACAGAAACGUUCCUGCUACACAGCCGCAAAGCCGGUUGAGUCAUCGCCGGCACACCCUGCAGGUCAGGGAUUUCCUGGAGACAUCUGGUGACAGCAGUGUUCAGGCGAUCACAGCUCUAGAUGGAGUUCCCUUUAGCCUGCACCCAGACUUUGAUUUGCAAGCAAAUGACAUGGCACUCCAGUUGAAUUCCCAACUCGGCAACAUCCGCAUAAAGACUGUCAAAGACAUUGAAAAUGAGUACAACUACACGUUUGCUGUGGAGGAAUCCGCAGCAAAGAGGAUCCGACCAUCAGUCUCAACAUAAGCUGCUCAGUGAUCUCCACGUUAUUAUUAUAUUGCUAAACUGUUACUGUUACUUUACUGUAUGCCUCCAUGGGGGUUUCCAUGGUAACAACUUUAUCGAGGGUAAAAAUUAAAGAUAAUCAUGCUUAUUCAUGUAUGUAAAAUAAACAGUUUAAAGAAUUCAGUUUACUUUUACCUAAGAAAAGCCCUAGUUGGUUAAUUUCAAAAGAAUAAAGAUGUAACUAAUUGGGUAAAUCUCCAUUUUUACUAACUCAAAUUAAACAUCUACAGCAUUAAACCCAAGAUUUAUUUACCUUUACUUGUAGAGAUUUUAUAUAUAUAGUAUUUGUAUCCUAAAAAGAAAAUGCACUUUGUCACUACAGAUGUUGUCUUCUUCCUCUGAAACCUCUGUCUGUUAUAUGGCUUUAUUAUUUUUUCUCUGUCUGAAUUUCUGCAGAACUUUAAACUUUACUGCUGAUGCUGAUGAUGACUCCAUUGUUACACUAACGCCAUGCUAGACAUGGUGCAGUUACUUUAAAGAAAAACAACCUUCUGUUGAGCCUUUAUUACGUUUUCAUUUUAACUCUGUUUGCUUUAAAUGUGCUACUGCACUGUCAGAUAUUAGGAUUUGUUUUAUUUUAACCCAGUCAGAACCAAAUAUUUGUUGCUGUUGAAUUUUUACUUUUUCCUUAACCUUACAAUAAACUCCUACUGUUGAAAAAAAUAAAUAAAUAAUUGCUGCAUGCUGCCCUA